UGCUGGUAUUGUUAUCUAUUGUAAUAAAGUCCGAAUUAGUUGAUGCUAGAAAUACUAGAAUAAUCCCACCAAGUGUAAUGAAAAUAAUGGAAUCUCCGGAAUCUAAGCCUAUUAUUGAAGUACUCUGUUUUAUUGACUAUGAUACAUACAAGCUACACGCUGGUGAGAAAACUGGUGGAGAAGCCGAUAAAGAAGUUGAAGAUUACUUUUUACCAUUUUGGAAAAAUGUUGAUCAUUAUCUAUCACUUCUCAAUAUUCGUAUAAGCCUCAAAGGAAUAAUAAUUGCACAUACAAGAGAAGAAGAAAAUGUUUUUUUAAAUAGUCAAAAGAAUCGAUUAUUUGCGGAUGCAUUUAAUUCAACUGCCACACUAAGCUCUCUUGGUAAAUAUAUUUAUUCCAACAAGAAUCUUCCUACUCAUGAUUUAGCAAUCGUUGUAACCCAAUCUGUCUUAUGCAAUGAGAAAGAAUUAAAAAAAGAUAAAACGAGAAAAUUAAAAAAGAGUUUUAAAAAAAAUUCAUGUCAAGAUGCAAGUGAUGUUGCAAAUACUCUAAAAUGGAUUUGCAUUGGAUCAGAUGAUAAAGAAGCCACGUCAACUUCAGUUGCCAUAAUUAGAGAUCAAAAUAAAAUGUAUAAAGGAGUCAGAAACGCAGUCUUUGCAAUUGGUCGAUCAUUGGGUAUUUCAAUGGAUGGUGCUAAAGAUGACGAUGAUGCUAAAAAAUGCAAAUCUGAAGAUGGAUAUUUUAUGUCUGGCAAUACUAAUUUUCAUUUACCUUAUAAAUUUAAAUGGUCUAAUUGCAGCGUUCAAAGCUUUAAUAAUAAACACAGUCUAAUCUAUCAAACCAUGUGGUAUUGUCUUUUUGAAACAACAAAUGAAAAAGUAAUUGAUUUUUCAAAAGCUCCAUUUCCAGGAGAGAUUUUAUCAUUGGAUAAUUAUUGUAAAAAAUUGACGGAUUACAAAGCUUGUAGCUAUGAUGAUGUUUGUACAUCAUUGACGUGCUCAUCUGGAGAAGAUUGUGGACGAACAAUUAAGGGGCCAGCUAUCGAAGGCUCAUGGUGUGGAAGCAACGAGACAUCAACCAUGCGAUGUGAAUAUGGAAAAUGCGUUCCAUUCUCUUCUAAUAAAUUGAAAGAGAACAAUGCACUAGAGAACAUGUUUCAAUAUUUCACAUCGUUCGGCUAUCGAAGGUAUAUGGCAAGAGAAGCUCAUAACAAAAUGAUGUACGCGAAAUAA